AUAUGUAUACAAGAUUGCGCAGGGAUGCGCAGCGAGGCUCGUUGCUUGCACUCCCCCCGCGUCGACGCUUGAAACGAGGCAUAGGGACCGGCGCCAGGCCCGCGUACAUUUCUUCUACCUGCUCCGGUGACCCAUGUCGCGAAUACCCGAUAUUCCUGGAAGACUCAUACCCUCGCGAUCAGACCACGAGCUCUGGCUUAGGCAGGAGGUCGCGCGACUGUGUCAGCUCGAGAAUGAACGAACGUUCCCCGGCAGCCAGCCCGUCAGCUUUGGGACCAAGGAUUUGGUGAAGCUCGAGAACCAAGACUAUUGGGUCUGCGAAAAGUCCGAUGGCAUCCGUGUGUUGCUUUUUGUCCAGACGGACCUUAGGACGAAAGACCAGGGGGUCUAUCUUAUCGACCGCCACAACACGUAUCGAGAAGUGCAAGGGCUCUACUUCCCGCACCAUGAGAACCCGAAGAUGCCGCUCCGGAGCACGAUCGUCGACGGCGAGCUCGUGGUCGACACCGACCCGCGCUCGAAGCAAGAAACGGUGCGCUUCCUCGCCUUCGACUGCCUCGUUGUCGACGACCAGAACGUCAUGUCGCGCCCGUUGGACAAGAGAUAUGGGAGGCUGCAAGAAUGGUUCUACAAGCCGUAUUCGAAGAUGCUCAAGGACCAUCCGCAUAUGGCGCAGACGCAGCCUUUCGAGGUGCGGGUCAAAAACGUCAAAUUCUCGUAUCACAUCGACCAAAUAUUUGAGAACGAGAUACCGCAGCUGCUGCACGGGAACGACGGGCUCAUCUACACCUGCGUCUCAACUCCCUACAUGGCCGGGACCGACCCCAACAUAUUGAAAUGGAAGCCGCCGUCAGAGAACUCCAUCGAUUUCCGGCUGGUGCUGCGCUUCCCGCCGUCGCGGGAGAGCCCCAAAGAUCCGGAUUACUUUGCCAAGCCAGUGUUUGAGUUGCACGUCUGGUGCGGUGGGGUUCGUUACGAGUUCUACGACGUCAUGCACGUCACGGAUGGCGAGUGGGAGAGGCUGAAAGCCGCAGGUGACCAGCUCGACGACCGCGUCGUGGAGGCGCACUGGGACAAGGAGCUCAGCGUGUGGCGUAUGAUGCGCUUCCGGAACGACAAGCCAAACGGUAACCACAAGAGUGUUGUCGAGGCAAUCAUCAAAAGUAUCGCCGAUGGCGUCGAAAAAGACCAGCUCCUCGCGCGCUCGAACGCGAUACGUAGCUCGUGGAAGACGCGGCAGAUGCAGCUCGCGGGCCAACGUCCACCGCCUCCGGCGACUGCUGCCACACCCUCAUUGAAGCCCGCUCAACAACCACAGCAACAGCCGGUGCAGUCACCCGCGCCCCCCGCACGCCAGGCCUCGGUGCCAGACGCAAAGCCGCGUUUCGGGCCCAUCGCGAGCUCGCCAUGGAGCAAGGUCUCAGGGCCCGCGAUGGUGCACGGGAUGUACCGCUGAGGGCGCCGGCGCCUUUCGGGCUCUCCACGCUGUGCUCUUGGCAGGGGCCGGCGGUGCUCGAGGCGGCGGGAAAGAGGAGGGGGACGUGUGCGUGAGGGAGCCAACGUGCAGCGAGGCGAAUGCGAAAGAGAAGAGAAGAGAGGACGUCCGGCCCGUGCGCCCUCUGCUUUCCGGGUGCAAGCGUGUCUGACUCCUUGCUUUCCGUUCGGCCUCGAUGGUGGGACAGACACGAACCGCCACCGACCGACAAUCGUCUUAGUCAGAUCUGGAUGUUGGUGCGCAAGUGUCGAUCGCCUACUAAGUGCCUAUCUUACGGGGCGAGCACCGUAUACCCGGCUAGGCGAUGGCCCUACUCUGUUUUCGACUCUACUAUUUUCUCUCUACUAUUUUCUUAUCUGUCUUUCUAACUUUCUUUCUUCGUGUGUCCUGGGAAUGUACUUGCGAUCGAUGUAUACCUUACUAACCUGCUGAGGUUACUUACCGCGGCAAUCAUCCGCAAGCUGUAUUGGCAUACUUAGCAGACAGCAUGACGUCAAGAUGAGAUUCGAUUGUAAUGAAGCCGAUUGCGUUAUGCCAGACAGAUGAGGUAAUGCAUAUGUUCUACUGGUACAGAGAUGAGAGAUGAGAGAAGAGAAAGAUCAAGCUGCAGAUAUGGAGAGUGAGGACGCGUCGCUUGAUGCGAACGCAUUGUGUUGCGCAAACAUAAGUUGAAAUGCGGAAAAAAAAGAAAGUGUGAUGCGGACUGUUCUUAGAAAGUCGUAAGUGGAGACAGCACAGGUACCAUCUAGACCGCAGGUAAAGAAGUAGUCGCGGUGUAGAUAAGCGGAUAGGAAUCACGGAGCAAGAUGAAGAUGAGAGUGAGGUGACGCAGCCAUGAGAAAGGGGGAAGCAAGCCGAAGAACCAGGUCAUUGGACGAGGUUUCGACGUUGUUGAGCAUGUGUCCAGACGUAGGAUAGACAGCCACAUCGUUCUGUGGUGUCGAGGAACGAGCAUUGUGCGAGCAAGCGGGCGUGGCAUUUUGGUGAGUGCCGCGCGGGGUGGCGAGGUAAGCGGGUGGUCGCAAAGGCGGCGCAGUUGGCACAGCGGCGAGGUGCGGUAUUGUGCACGACGGGCAGGCCUUGAACGGUGCGAGGUGUACUUUAACCCGCAGCGUAUGCAUGCAUCAGUCAUCGUAGAUGCAUAGUAAUUGGCGUAACAGAGGUUCGUGCGAAAGUCGUGGCUGAUUGCGUACGGCAUAUACGUUGUUUCGCUCGACGCGUGUCUUGUCGUGCACGCGUGGCGUUAACGAGUCGUACAUGAUAUUCGUGAGUGUCUUAAUCAAAUCCGGGGAUUUUGACGCGUCCAUACGCGUCCCAUCCGCUUUCCUUUCACCUCCGGACGGCUGAUGUUGGUUUAGAAGAAGUGGUCGUCAUCGGUGCCAAAGUUAUUGGAUGAGAAAGGUGAAGGCGCAGACCAGUCGUCAUCGAAGACGUCGCGACUACGACGGCCCCCCGACAGCCGAUCCUCGAUCAACGAGUAGCUAGCCGACCGACCGUUCCUGACGGGCGCUCGGGCCGGACGACGGGUAGCACGCGCGAGCGGUAGACGGGGCUCGCUCUCGUCGUCAGAGUCGGCAGACGGUGCAGCAGCAAAGUCUGAGAACCCGAGGUCAAUGCCUACAG